GAAAUAAACCGUUUGUUUUCUAUCUAGCUUGACAGACGUCUCUCGCAGUACGCAGGUCCAACCAUCAUCAGAGUACACGAUGGCAGACAUUGGCUCGGCGCUGCGGUUCUCGCUGCUCGGCCUCCUCCUGUGCCUGCAGGUCGGCAGGGCUCCGGCCCGCAGCCCCCGCACGGUGGACCAGGUGUCUGAAGCCGACAUCCAGCGACUCCUGCACGGCGUCAUGGAGCAGCUGGGCAUCGCUCGGCCCAGGGUGGAGUACCCUGCACAUCAGGCCACCAACGUUGUCGGGCCUCAGAGCAUCCAAGGUGGUGCUCACGAAGGGCUCCAGCACCUCGGACCCUUUGGCAACAUCCCCAAUAUUGUGGCCGAGCUGACCGGAGACAACGUUCCCAAAGACUUCAGCGAGGACCACGGGUACCCGGACCCUCCAAACCCGUGUCCCCUGGGAAAGACAGCAGCAGACGGGUGUUUGGAAAACGCUCCGGACACGGCCGACUUCAGCAGAGAGUUUCAAAAACACCAGCACAUUUUUGACCCGGAGCAUGACUACCCGGCUCUGGCCAAAUGGAACAAGGAGCUGUUGUACCAGAAACUGAAGGGAGGACCAAAAAGAAGAAAAAGGAGUGUCAACCCGUAUCUCAUGGGCCAGAGGCUGGACAAUGUGGUCGCCAAGAAAUCUGUUCCUCACUUCUUUGAGGAAGAAGAGGAAGAGCCACCAACUGUUCCUGCUGCCAGCAAGUCUACGACCUAAAGUCACUGUAAUAUAAAGUAUACUCUCAGAUACUCAUUUUUCACACUACAUAUUUAAGCAUUUUGGUUAAGCAAUGGAUCUGUGACUUAAUGGCAAGUACUGGAAAAUAAUAAAUAGUAUGCAGAUACAAGAUAAGCACUUUUCAUUGUAUUGAUUAAUUAACCCAGAGCUUUUUAAUUACUUAGCCACAGAAUGGGCCCGAAAAGUGUUUCUCAGUUCACUUAUACCAACCAUAUUUAUAUAGAACAUUGCCUGAGAUUCAACCAUUUAACCCCAAAUGCUCAAAUACUACAUGUUUAUGAAUUACUGUAAGUAUAACUGUAUUAUAAUAACAGGUUUAAACGAUAUAUUGAUUUGGAGAAAUGUUAAAUGAGAAAGUGAUAUUUAUUCAUGACUGUACAGAAAUCAAUUUUCUCACUGAAGUUUCUGAAGUUCUGUUUUUGUAUGUCUUGAUAUAUAUAACCAGUUAUUCACCUUUGUGUCUUCAGAAGCAGCGACUCAAUACAGAUCCUUUGGUUCAUUGUAAACUGUAGCAGCUUUGCUUUUUCAUGUCAGGGAUGGCUUUGAACUAGGUCACUGUUGCAUGAAACAUAUUAUAACUCUUAUUCCAAUUAGUAUCACCCAACUGCAGUAAUUUGAACACUGAGUCUCAUCUUACAAAAUAUAUUUGUGUUAGGUUUUUGCUCUGUGAAGUCAAAUAAACGAUUUAUCUGCAUUGA